AGGAUCCUCACAGAAAGAUGAAACAUGUGGUUCUCCUGCAGAACUCCCCAAGUGAAUUUGAAUUAAUGGAUGAAUGUGAAACGGGGCUUGUACGUCACCAGUCUGUGAGGCAGUAUGCUAAAGACUAUUUGCUACAUGUAAUAAAGUCGACAUAAUACACCAUAUAGAAAUCUAAAGACAACAUUACCAUAAAGAAUUAUUGCCUCAUAACGGGAAAUUAUCCUCCGCUGUACAUCUACUGCAUUGUUUCUGAUAAAAAGAUCAAUUACAUUUUGUAAUCACUUGUUUCAUUUUACAGAUACAGUGUGAUAGCUGUGAUAGUUGGUUCCAUGUGCAGAGCCUGCGAGUAAGGACCAACUCCGAGACGCCAGGGCAAGCAACUGGAAUUGCCUUCUCUGCACAUAGGACUUUAUAUAUUAAGCAGAUUUGACUAUAAUUGUAUCUAUUGUGUUAUGAGACCAAUUUUAGUCAGACAUAGUCUUAGAAUGUUUCAUUUUUGAAGAAAUGGUGUGAUUUAAAAUUUAAAUAACCUGAUUGAUGUAUAUUAUUGAAGGCGUUCAUAUUGUUUUAUUUGAAGACAAUAUUUAAGUAUACUUUUAUAUUUUUUUUAUUUAUUUGUUUUAAAUGUAUGUGUGUGUUUCUUGUAGCAUCAAAGCAACCUUAGGUAAGUUAAACAUCAAAAGCCAAAAACAACAGUUGUUUGAAUUCCUUGGUACUCGACAGGCACCAGCUUGCUCUCAGCAGGUCUUGGUAGCGACACUGUCUUGCACUCGUCCUGCUUGCCAGCUAAAACCAUCUUAGCACUUUCUUGCCACAAAUCCAGCCCAAUAUGAAGGUGAUAAACUUCUACUUCAGCAGUAUAUGAAUCAUGGACUAGUUUUUACACAGUGAAAGUAAUUCAUAUUAUGCAUGCAAGUAGUCAAGGAAGUACUAAGUUCAGUAGUGUGUGAACCUUGGACUACUCACAGUCACUACCAGCAGCUCGUCAGUGCGGUUUCAUUACGAUUACCGUAAAUGUUAGUAGAUUCGCGCACUAGAAAAAAAACGUGCGGCUGAUUUGACCAAGCAAACGCGAACCACGGCUGGCUUGACCGCAGUGAUCAGACGAAGUAACUGUCAGGAGAGAAGGGACAACUUCAAAUAAUGGAUGUGGGAUCGAGAAAUAAGACAUACGUGUACCUGUGGACCUGCAGGCAGUUCGAGCAGGAGCAGGUGGAAUGGGAUGACGUGAAUAAACUCCUCCAGCAUCAUGGUUUUAAGCCUGUGCACUUUGCUGAUCCUGUAGAGAAUAAAAAACUAUCAGAUUUGGUUCUGCUGGACAAGAAGUCAGCUGGUGAGAUCAGGGCCACUCUAAGGACAAUGCUCAUCGACUCUGAGAGAACGAAGGCUCUCAUCCAGGAGCUUGUCAAGUCCAACAACCAACACAAAGAGGAGGUUCAGGAGCACAUGAGACGAGCGGUUCACCAGUCACAGCGGGUCACAGACCUGGAGGGGUUGAUGGAUGAGGUAAAGGCCAGAGUCCAGGACAUGGAGAACCGCUACCUCAGCAUAACUAUCCAGCAUCACAGCCACACACAGCAACUUCUGCAGGAAAAACAAGAAGCACAAAAACGGUCUGAGGAUUUGGAGCAGGAGCUGUCAAGGCAGAGAGAGAAAAUGCCACAGCUUCAGAGGAAACUUCAUCUCAUCUUGAAAGAAGAGCAUGGAUUGGUUAAAGAAGACAAGAACACCACUGGUAUUAGAGAGUCCACUUGGAAAGCCAGCGAAUCCAGUUUAUGUGCCCACUAUUGCCAACUGUUGACUGAGAUCAGCGCUGUUGUGACCAAUCUCAGCGCCCCAUUACAACUUCACAGACAGAAACCCGCCUCUGUUGAUUUGGAGCUGGCUGAGUUUCAUAAUCUGCUCCCAACACUUGAAUUCUGGGCCCAGCAGCUCCACCUCAUGAAGGAGCUGUACCAAGGUUUAACUAACCUGAUCACCAGACUGCUACCCCAGCUGCUCCCUGAUGGUGGCCAUGAUUCUGCAGAAGCUGUGAAGGUGGAGGACAUGAUAUUGCUGGUGGAUACCCUGCUGGAAAGCACCUCUCUUAAAGAUAAGGUGCUGAAAAGUCCCACUCGAAUCACUCUGUUAUCCAUGGUUUCUCACUUCCAAAAGUUGUUUGGCAUGACCUCCCUCAGUGGGGUCUACCCACGUAUGAAUGAGGUCUAUACCAGCCUGGGGAAGAUGACGAACACCAUGAGGACCCUCCAAGACAUUUUGGAUCUCGACAGCAGAGUGUCUCCUGCUGAGGUGGUGAACCAGGUUGCCAGACUCGUCCACCUCAAUGAACUUAAUGCCAGUUUCUGCAAUCUGGUGGAAGAUGCUGAUAUUCAGAGGAUCUUUGUCAAAGUGAAGCAGCAUGAGGAGUUUUUCCCUGCUUUCCAUGCUGUCAUCAGUGAAAUGUUACAGGUUCUAGAUUGUGUCUUCGGUGACCUGGACUGAUGAUGUCUGCCGUUCUCGUAGUCCGUCUCGGUCGCCUCCAUGUGAGGGAAUUCCGGCUUUGGGUGGCCUUAACCGGCCGGUUCAAUUUUCACAUCAUACGUUUCCCUGACAGUAGCUCCGUUCCCGAGACGCCACAUGACCACGCUUUGCUGUGCUCGUACACACUGUGGGAA